AUGACGUCGUCGACUGCUUCAACUGCAACUCCUCUCCGUCACGCAUUCGAGCGACGCGUAGAGGAGGUGAAACCCAUGAAAAGUGAUAUCAAUGCUCUUAUCUUAGACUAUCUUACCACCGAAGGUUACCCUUCAGCUGCGGCCAAGUUCUCUAAAGAAGCCAACCUUCAACCACUCCAGGAAGAAGAGUCGGUCAGAGCGCGUCAACAGAUCCAGCAUUCCAUUCAUUUGGGUAGCAUUCAGGAUGCCAUUGACGCCCUGAAUGAUCUUGAACCACAGGUUUUAGAUAGUAACCCACCCUUACACUUCUCUCUCCUGAGAUUGCAGCUCGUCGAACUUAUCCGAGAAUGCAACUCCAAACCCGGUGGAGACAUCACUCCCGCCUUGACCUUUGCGACUCAGCAAUUGGCACCCCGAGCGCCUACGAACCCUGAAUUUCUAGAGGACCUAGAGAGAACAAUGGCUCUUUUGGUGUUUCCACCAGACAACUUAGAACCGCAAUUGGCUGCACUUUUACACCCUGAUCUACGUAGGUCUGUGGCGGACAAUGUCAACAAAGCCAUUUUGAAGUGUCAAAACCAGAGACGGGAUGCUGCCAUCAGAAAUCUGGUGCGUCUCCGUGCGUGGGCCGAGAAUACUGCCAGAGAUGCGAAGAAGAAUUUGCCAGCUCGUCUUGACUUGGGACUUGAUAACCGAGAUGACCGGAAUGAAAAUGGGCAUGAACCUAUGGUUACAUGA